AGGCCGCAGAAGAGAAGGGGGAAACAGGAGAGAGAAAGGCGAGGAACUUUUCGUUGGAUCCUUCGCUUUUGGGGACGAAGGAGGAGAAGGUCUCUGUCCCUCUCCACCUCCGCCUCCCUUCUUGGCUGGAGAGGAGCAGGAGGAGAAGAUGUUUCCCCCUGGCCUGAUCCACCACCGCACGGACGGCCCCGGGCCCGGCGAGGUGCCGCGCUCCGGCGGCGCGCCCAGCCUCGUGCUCACGGCGGACCCCAAGCCCCGACUCCGGUGGACGGCCGACCUCCACGAGCGCUUCGUCGACGCCGUCGCCCAGCUCGGCGGGCCCGAGAAAGCAACACCAAAAACUAUCUUAAGGACAAUGGGUGUAAAGGGACUAACGCUUUUCCACUUGAAGAGUCAUCUUCAGAAAUACAGAAUGGGGAAACAAACUGGGAAGGAGACGCCGGAGCAAUCUAAAGAUGGGUCUUAUCUUCUUGAUGCUCAAGGUGGAAUGAGCCUGUCUCCCAGAGUUUCUACUCAAGAUGCGAAAGAAAGUCAAGAAGUUAAAGAAGCCCUGAGAGCACAGAUGGAGAUGCAACGAAGCCUGCAUGAACAAGUGGAGGUUCAGAAGCAUGUGGACAUCAGGAUGGACGCGUACACGACGUACAUCAACACCCUGCUGGAGAAGGCCUGCAAGAUCGUCUCGGAGCAGUUCGCGUCGAGCGGCUUCAGCGUCUCCGACCAGAGUCUCCCGGAGCUGUCCUCCGGCGGCGUCAUGUGCGGCACCGCCACCGACGCGCUGAGCUCCUCCGUGUUCCACCAGCUCUCCGUCAGCUCGAUCAACAUGCACAGCCCGGGGGGCAAGCCUUCUCCGUCGGGCAUGGAAGGCCAGCUGCUUCUCCAGAGGUCACCCGAGUUCAAACGCAAGUCAUCCUGCUGAGAUCCAAAUUCUGGGUGAAAAAGUUAGCUUAAUCGUCUGCUGUAGCCAUGUCGAAUCUCGGCCGAUCUGUAAACUGACUCUUGUUUCUCUUGCCACUGCAUGCCAAGAAGCAAGGUUUUUUAUCGAUUAAUCGUCGACCUAUGUUUAUAUAUAUAAUGCCUAAUGUGCUGCUAGUCAAGUGCCUUGAUUGAUAUGUCACUGUUUUUAUUAUUUAUAUCAUGGCAUUAUUAUUCCUAA